AGUUCAGCCCGUGGUGCAUGGUUGCCAGGGCGGUGAUGCGAGGUGCUGACUAACUACCCACCUGCCACCGUCCUCUUCAAAUCCGGAGCGCUACAGCGCUACAGUAGUGUGCCACCGGCCAGCCAUGUCCGCCAUUCACGCUUCAGCGGCUCCAUCCGCGAAGUCGAUUAUUCGAACCGCGACAGCUGUGGACCAUCAUGACCAGUGUCAAGGUCUUCCACGUCUCCCACGUCUUCCACGCCUCCGUGGCAUGGUAGCAACAAGCACCGCAGCAGCAUUGCCUCGCGGUUCGCCUGUACGAGUGCAUUACCCCCGGUCCCCCUUCCUCCGUUCACGGGUUCCUCAUGGGUCUGCAGCAAGGCCCGUUCACGGCCCGUGCGGCCUUCACGGCAUCGCUGGCAGGCCGCUGCUCCUCGGAGCGGCGUGCAGGAAACAAGGCUCGUCGCUGCUUCUCCGAGCCGUGGCUCCUCGUGCCGGCGCUUUCGAAUCCGACCCCCAGCCGUCGUCGCCUGCAUCGUCAUCAGCAUCACCAUCAUCAUCCGAGGAGGCUUCUAACGAGGAUAUUCUCUCGUCAGCAGAUAUUACUGGUGGAGCCACGGGCGAUUCAGCGGGUAUUCCCGUGAGUGGCGCUGACAGGUCGGGCAGCUUCGGAAUUACCAGCACUGGUAACGGCAGUAACAGCGGUAGCAGCGGUUACAGCGGUUACAGUGGUUACAAUUCUUUUUCUUCCAGGAGCUCCUCUCCCCUCGGCAGUUCUACAGCCGGCUACUAUGGCGGCAUCAGCGCGUUCGGCGGCGGGUUAGGCGGCAUGAGUGACGGCGAAGAGGGGGGGCUGUCGGAGGAGGAGGCCCUGCUGGAGAGCAGCGCGGAGCUCGGCGAGUACCGGAAGCGAUUGACGGACAUAUUGCUCGCCACGGACGUGGGGAGCUGGCAGGAGCGCAUCGCGCUGCUGCGCAAGGGCAUCCACAGCUCGCAGGGCCCCGCGCUGUCGGAACUCGCGUUCCGCCGAUCGCGCUUUCAUCGCACGCCAGCGCCGUCGUCGUCGCCGUCGCCGUCGCAAGACGCAGGUUCCGCGGACCUCAGCUCCCCCCUAGCUGCUGGGACGGCGGAGGAUACGGCAGGAGAAGGGGAGGGGGAGGAGGAGUGGCAGAGCUCGGCAGGGCUGGGAGCAGGCGAGUCCGCUUAUGGCGCGUACAGCUCCUGGAGUGAAUCCAGCGCGGGGGAGGAUACGGAUGGGGGGCUGUUGGCGGAAGGGGAGGGGGAGAGGAGGGAGGAGGUGAUGGGGAUGCAGUGGUCGAGUGUGUGUGAGGGAGUGGUGGUGGGUACGAGCCCUGGCUCUGCCGCUGACGUGGAAGUGAUCAAGAGGAACAUUGGCGCCGACGCCAUGCUGUGCUUGGAGACGGACGACUGCAGGGACGCGCUGGGGCUGCCGUGGAGCGCGGUGAAGGACAUGGCGCAGCGCGCGGGCAUUGUGGCGCUCCGCGUGCCCAUGCGCCCCAUGGACUCCGCCAACCAGGGCGCGCUGCUCCCUGAGGCCAUCCGCGUGCUGUCCGCGCUGCUGCAUGCGGGGCAGACCCCUCCGCUUGCCUAUCCCGCGCCUCACAGCGUGGAGCACACCUCGGAAGGCCCGUCUCCCACCACCACACCGCAGCAGCUGCAGCAACAGCAGCAGCGACAGCAGCAGAGGCAGGGGCUGGGGGACGCGGACGGGAGUGCGGAGAGCGAUGGUGAGAGUGGAGGGGAGGCGGACGAGGGGAGUGCAGGAGGGGAGGUGGUGCCCCAGCGCACUGUGUUUGUGUGCUGCACGUCUGGCUGCCACCGCAGCCCCCUGGUGGCCCUCGGCUUCCUGACCUUCGUGCGUGGCAUGGAGUACCGGGACGCCAAGACGCUGCUCAUAAAUGCGUGCCCGGAGGCCGUGCCCUCCUUCCAAGCGUGGGACGAUGCGAGCAGCAAGCUAGCGGCGGUGGACAUGAAGGGGCUGACGAUGCGCGCGGAGGACAUCAAGGCACGCCGCGUGCAGCAGGGGCUGCCAGGGGAGUCCGUCGACGACUGGCUGGCGGCACAGCGGUCGUUAGUGGCGGAUCACUUUCAGCAGCAGCUGCACAACGACCUCGUCAUCGCCACCUCACUCUAUAAGGACGUGAGUGCAACUGAGGACCCGGCAGCACCGGCAGACAGCCGAGGUCAGGAAGUUGAAGCAGCAGCAGCCGCGGCGGCAGCAGGUGUUGGUGUGGCAGCUGUGGCAGCAGCAGUGAUGGGUGGUGUGCCACCUGUGGCCGAGGUUGGGGCAGCAGACGGGUACAGCGGGUACAUGCCUGGGGAUACGGAUGAUGGUGCUGCUGCAGGUGCGGAUGGGGCGCUGGAUGGUGGGGCUCUCAUGGGGGGUGUGGGGUCGGAAGGGGGUUGGGUUGAGGGAGAGGAAGAGGUCGUGGAGGGCGGAGAGGAGGGAGAGGAGGUGCGAGAAGGGGGGGAAGAGGAGGAGUGGCAUGCAACCGCGGAGUGGUUGGGGUCGACGGGCGAGUGGGAGGAAUCGGAGAGUGAGGGGAGCGUGGGUGCUGACACGGGGACGGGGAGGGAAUAUGUCCCAGCACAGGACCGUGAAGCAGAAGAAGCUUUCAUAGCAGCUGCGGCUGUGGCUGCGGCUGCGGCUGUGGCAACAGAGGUGGGAGGAGAAGGAGAAGGAGAAGGAGAAGGAGAAAGCGGGGAGUGGUUGGGGAGGAGGGAGAGCGCAGGGAGUGAGGGCGGGUACGAGCAGGAGUAUCAGGAGUGGCGCAAGAUGGAGGACGCACGGGAGAGUGAGAGGCAGGAUGGGGAUAACAGCGAUAGGGAACUGGGGGAAGGUAGUGACGAUGAUGAAGAGGCGAGGGUGGGGGAGAGGCUGUUGGAGAUAGUGGGUGGUGUGGGGGUGGGUGCGCUGCCAGUUGGGGGGAACCUGGGAGGAGGCAUAGGAGAAGGAAUAGGAGGAGGCAUGGUGGACUGGGCUGGUCUGGAAGGCAUGGUAACCGAAAGUGGGACUGAAACCGUUGCUGCUGCUGCUGCUGAUGCUGAUGCUGAUGGUGCUGAGUUGCUGCUGCCUGCAGCUGUGGGAGGUAUCGGGUGUGAGGACGAGUGGGAGGACGAAGUGGAGGUCUCUGUGAAGGCACAACAGGAGAGGGAGAUAGAAGAGGAGGGAGAGGAGGAGGGGGUGGAGGUGGAGGUGGAGGAAGAGGGAGAGGAGGAAGAGGGGUGGCAGGGGAGUGAGGAGGUGGAGGAUGGGGAGGUGCUUGGGCUGAGGGAGGCAUUGGCAACGAUGCAGGACGAGCUGCGACUGGCUGUGGGCUUGCAGGAACAGGCGCAGCAGGAGAGGCAGCAGCUGCAGCAGCGGUUCCGGACGCGGGAGGAGGAGCUCCAGCAACAGCUGCAGGCGAUGCAGCAGCAGCUGGAGUCGGCGCGGGUGACGAUUGUUGAAGAGGCGGCAGCAGCCGCACUGCUGGCUGAAGCAGCGGAAGCCGCUGCCACUGCUGCUCUGGCUGAAGCCGCCGAAGUGGCUGCAUAUGCUGAAGCAGGGGCGGCGAUGCUGGUAGGUGAUGCUGAAGAGGAUGCAGAGGAAGGGAUAGAAGAGGUUGUGGAUGAUGGUGCUCUGGGAACUGCGCAAGAGGUGGAGAUGGGGUCUGAAGCUGCUGAUUCUGCUGCUGCUGGUGAGGAUGGCGAUGAUGAUGAUGGUCAUGGCGUGACUGGAGACGACCGGACGUCUGAAGCUGCUGCAGCUGCAGGAGCAGUUAUGGCGACGGCUGCAGCAGUUGCCACUGCAACUGGUGGAAUAGCAGGGAAACCGGAGCAGCAGCAGCAGCAGCAGACUCUGCAGUUGGAGCAGCGGGUGGCAGAGCAGCAGGACAAGAGCCGUGAGGGCAGGGAGAAGGAGAGAGAUGAGGCGCUUCUCCUCGCCCGCAGCAGAGCCGACUUCCUCCUGCGCCGCCUCGACAUCGUCACCCAGCGCGAGGCCUCCGCCCGAGACAGCCUGGCUGCCGCCCGCUACCAGCUGGCAGCCGCUGCUGAGCUGGCAGGGUCGCUGCAGGCGGCACAGGCGGAAGCAGCAGCGGCAAGAGAGGCAGCAGCAGCAGCAAAGGCGGAAGCGGCAGCGGCUGUGAGAAAGGAGCAGCAGCUGCAGGCGGUGGUGCGGGGUGCAGAGGCGGAUGUGGCAGCGGCACGGGCGAGAGCAGCGGCAGCAGAGGCAGAGGUGCGGGCGAGAGUUGAGGAACAGGUGCAGAUGGAGAGGAUGAUCCGGGCGGCUGAGGCGGCAGUGGCGGCGGCGGAGGGGAGGCUGAGGGCGGGACUGGAGGCGGGGGAGGAGAGAGUGAAGGCUGCUCAGGCGACUGCUGCUGGUGCGAGGAGGAGGGAGGAGCAGGCGAGGGUAGCAGUGGAGGUGGCAGAGAGGAGGGUUGCGGUUCUGGAGCGAGAGCUGCAUGCGCUGAAGGCACAGCUGGAGGGUGCAGGAGGUGUGGAUUCGGGGAUGGGAGAGGUCUCAGUGGCAGAAACAGCUGCAGAGACAGCAGCAGCGCCAGAAGGAACGGUGGUUCCGGCUCCGGUGGCUGAGGUACCAGCUGCACCAGCAGGGUCUGGAAUCACUAGCAGCAGUGAAACGGUGGAUGCACAGACAUCCUUGUCAGUGGCAGGUGUGCAGGCAGCUUUGGAAACAGCCGAGCAGAGGGUGCAGGCAGCAGAGGAGCGCGCUCAGUUUGCAGUGAGGCAGCUGGAGGUGAUGCGCGGGCAGAGGGAGGAGGGGCAGAGAAGGGUGGAGGAGGCAGAGAGGAGGGCGAGGGAGCUGGCAGUGCGAGUGGCAGAGGUGGAGCAGAAAGUUGCCGAGGCGAAUUCUCAAGCGCGGCUAUUCAACAUGUGCGUGGAGGCGAUGGCUAGGGAGGAGGGAGAGGUUGAGGGAGGAGAGAAGUGAGGGAGAGGGGAGUGAGGUGAAGGGGGGGUGGGGAGAGGAGGGGAUAUGAGAGACUGAGGGAAUAGAGAGGGAAUUCAGGGGAUUCCAUCCCGUUGGGUGCAAUGCAACCAGUUAACUUCGAUUGGAACAGCUAUACUACAUUGCGUAGACUCACUGCUUAACUAGCUACAUGUUGGGUUGGGUGUACUCAAAUACAUCAUAUGUUUUUAUGAUGCCGAAUCGCUUAUUACAUCUUUUGAGGGCGAUCGUAGGGCGUGUCCCGCGCGUACG